AUGAGGUCCGACCUGGCGGAAGGGUUGUCGGACUUCCGACGGGAGGUCAAGGCCGUCCUGGAUACCGCGUUGUGCGAGACGGACACCCCUCUGGCUGUCGGCGAUCUCCGACCAGGCGACGCACCAGGGCCACGUUCGGCCCCAAACCCGCGUACCAGCCGCGGAAAUGGCGCCAAGUCCGCAUCGCAUCGGGUCGGAACGGUGGACGGAACGGUUGCCAACGACAUGAGCGCGGUGGAUCGCGAGCUGGCCCUACUGGAGCAGUCCAACGCGGCCUUGUUUGCGGCGCUCGCGCAGACUCGGGCGAUGCCCGCUAGCCGACUACCGCCGGCGCUCGAUGCGAGGAUGCGCUCGGUGGGGGCACGAGAGGAGGCCAGAGACGCGGCGCGACUCCGCGAGGCGGCGGAGAUUCAGGAGCGAGAGCGGCGGCGGAGGCUGGAGAAACACCAGCUGGUGGAGCGGACGCGGGACCUGAAGCAGACGGUCUCUGAGCUGGAGAGGCAGAAAAUGGAGCUGAACAAGAAGCUGGCGGAGAAGAAGAAGCGGCGAGAUCUGCGCGAGGCUGAGUCGAGGCGACGCGAGGAGAAGCGAGCGAGGGACGAGGAGGCCAAGGCGCUCCGCAAGCGGAUGGGCUCCAGCGUGAAGGAAGCCGACCGCCUGCGGGCGAAGCUGAGGGACAGGGCGGAGCAGACGGGGCGCGCGCGGGCGCGGGAGGCUCUCUGGAGACGAGUGUGA